AUGGACUCAACACUGCUAUCCACCAUGGUUUUGCCUUUUGGCAUUCAAAAUUUGCUUCAAAAAUGCGAUAAUCUCGGAAUCAAGAAGGUGAAGAUUCUUCGUCGCAUCAUCGAUUUGCCGCCGGCUUCAGAAGACUGCCUUAUUGGAGAAUUGAAGCAGUUGCACUCGACGAUUCUGGAUGCUUUGAAAGAAUCCGACCUUUGUUUUAUGAAUGUUGGAAAUGAGAAGACGAUGGCUGCGGUGAUUCAUUCAAAACUUCCGAAUUGGGUGAUUGAGAAAAUUUACGAGGAUCAGAAGAUGAGAGAUGCGAUUCUGAAUCCGAUGGAUGUUUUGAACAAACUUCGCGAUAUUAUUGAGGUCGCUAAUAUUGUGGUUGCUGUUUCGGGAAGCUCUGGACGAGAGGAGCCGGUGGACGAGGAAGAUGAAAGUGAUGUGUCGGACGACGUUUCCUCUUCGGCAUCCGAUUGCUCUCACUGUAAAGCAAGGCGCAGCAAGAGACGUGCCCUCAAGACAUGCUGCCAAUGCUUUCAUGCUGGACGUCGAGUGCAGAUUCGCAAGGUUCGAUGCUCGUCAUACCGCAAGAGACAUCGUCAGGGAGACGUGUACUAUAUCAACAUGAUCACGAACACCGUUCUGCACAAAUUCCGCGCUUCCCGAAUAAUCAAAUGUUUGCAGUUUUCGCCGGAUGCAACACAACUCGCGAUUUGUCGAGACAACGAUCUUCAGAUUCACAAGCUCGGCGUUUCUGGAAAUCAGACAUUUUACCCGUUUUCAUUAUCGCGGACGUAUAAAUUAAGUUCGGACACCCUGAAUAGUUUGGAUUGGUCGUUUGACUCAAAUUUGCUUGUCGCUGGUGGCGAGGAUAAGGUGAUACGUGUGGUUGGCUCGCGGGACUUCCGAAAUUUGUAUAUUCACCCGUUGGCUUCUCAUAAAGGAGAAAUUGUCCAUUGUCAGUUCAUGCAGAAAUCCUAUGAUAUGAUCUCUGUUUGUAAACGAGGUAUUGCGAAUGUUUGGACGUGCUCAAUUCAGCCGGGAGAAUUGCAAGAAGGCGCUUGGAAGAAGGAUGACGACGAGAAAAUGGAGACAGAAGAUGUCGAGAAACUAUUCUUUGAUAAGACGAAAAAAUAUUCGUUGUGCGAAUCUUCUGGAGGCGAUCGUUCGAUUAGCGUCACCGCUGCGAAAUACCACGCAGCUUCCAAAAUUCUGGUAACCGCAUUUGAGAACGGCGUUUUUGUGCUUCACGAGAUCCCGUCAUUUUCGCUUAUUCAUAAUUUGAGAGUGUCGGACAUGAAAAUUCGCGCGCUUUCCUUAAACCUGACCGGUGAUUGGAUUGCGAUUGGAUGCGGUAAAGGUUCGGCGGCGCAGUUGGUGGUAUGGGAAUGGCAAUCGGAAACUUAUGUGAUGAAGCAGCAAGCACAUUCGCUGAGAAUUACGACUUGCGAGUAUUCUCCUGAUGGAUCACUGAUUGGGACGGGAGCUGAAGAUGGAAAAGUGAAAAUUUGGAAUGGGCGCUCGUCGUUCUGCACGGUUACUUUUGAUGAGCACACGUCGGCGGUUACUGGAGUGAAAUGGACGCAAAGUGGAAAAGCGAUUUUGAGUGCUUCGCUUGAUGGAACUGUUCGAGCGCAUGACUUGAAGCGAUAUCGGAAUUUCCGAACAAUGGUAUGCCCGGAACCUACCCAAUUGGGAUGCCUUGCGGUGGACCGAGCUGGUGAUAUUGUUGCGGCUGGAGCUAAAGAAGUCUUUAAUAUCUUUUUAUGGUCGCUGGAAUCUGGACAUUUGCUUGAUAUCCUUUCUGGACACGAAUCUGCAAUUGCCGCUAUAGAUAUCUCCGGAAAUCAAAUUGUUAGUGCUUCGUGGGAUCGAACAUUCAAAAUUUGGAAUAUUGUCGAUUCUCAAGCGGAGACAACGGAAUUGUCUCAUGAAGCGGUUGAUGUGCGAUUCUCGCCGGCUGGCGACGUUGUUGCUGUGCUCACAUCGGAUUCUGUAAUUUCGCUGUAUGAGGCUAAAGAGAUGACAUUCCUUGGCUCAAUUGAAGCUCAUUUGGAUUUGGAUCCUGCUCGAGGUCAUCAUGAUACCAUCACAAAGGAAAAUGCGGCAAAGAGCAAAUCGUUUACUUGCUUCCGAUUCUCGCCUGAUGGAAAUUUGAUAUUAGUUGGAGGCGAAUCGAACAAGUUCUGCCUCUAUUCGGUGCCGGAUCGAAUUAUUUUGAAGAAAUUCCAAAUUACUGAGAAUCGCAGUCUUGACGGUGUUGUGAUGGAUGUGAAUCGGCGAAAUUUUACCGAAUUUGGAAAUAUUCAACUCAUCGACACUUCAGAUGAUGAAGAUGAGGAUUCAAAUAAGAAGGCGAUCAAAUUGCCGGGAACCAAACAUUUCGAUCUUGGUGAACGACGAUCGAAACCGGAGGUUUCCGUAUUUGCCGUUGCUUAUUGCCCGACGGGACGCCGGUUUGCGGUGUGCUCUUCGGAGGGCGUUUCGAUUUAUUCACUGGAUAUUGUAUCAAUCUUCGAUCCGUUUCAAUUGGAUACACAAACUAGUCCGGAAAUUGUUAGAAAAGCUCUUUCUAUGAAUGAUUAUACGACGGCUCUUAUGGCUUCUCUUCGGCUGGGAGAUUCCAAUUUUAUUGCGGAUAGUUUGGAAAUGACGAGUGUUACUCAAAUUCCUCUUGUUGUUCAAUCACUUCCUUUGAUUUACGUUGAGCGACUAUUGAAGUGGAUGUCUGAAGGGAAUGUGGUCUCGUCGACGAAACAUGUUCAUUUCUAUGUGCUUUGGCUUCGUGAAAUUUUGCUUUAUCAUGGAAUGAAGUUGAAGGGAAGAACGGAUGUCGCGAUUUUGACCGGAGUUCAGCAGAUUCUCGCGCAUCAUACGCAGCUUAUUUCGGCGAUGUGA